AUGGAACAUGAAGCUACCCAGCUAGAAAAGCAGCAUGUGCAUAGUGUGUAUGAAAACACUGCUGCCUACUUUAAUGACCUGCAGAGCAAAGCAUGGCCUCGUGUUCGAAACUUUCUGCUGGAGCAAAAGCCUGGCAGUCUUGUUGCUGAUAUAGGUUGUGGGACUGGAAAGUAUCUCAAUGUCAACAAUCAGGUGUAUAAUCUUGGCUGUGAUUACUGCAGACCAUUGGUAGAGAUUGCAAGGAAGAAAGAUGAUGAAGUUCUUGUAUGUGACAAUCUUAACCUUCCCUUUAGGGACCAGUGCUUCAAUGCAGUCAUUUCCAUUGGAGUGAUCCAUCAUUUCUCAACUAAACAAAGAAGAAUCAAAGCAAUAAAGGAAAUGGCAAGGGUAUUGAUACCUGGAGGCCAGAUGAUGAUUUAUGUUUGGGCUAUGGAACAAAAGAAUCGUCGCUUUGAGAAACAAGACGUGUUUGUUCCUUGGAACAAGGCCUUGUGCUCACGGCAUUUUUCAGAGUCGAAUCAAGCUGGAGAUAAGGGUGAGUUUGUGCAUGCUGUAAAAAGCCAAGACAUACACCCUGCACAGCUAGUCAUCUCUGAUUGCAGCUACCAAACCAAUCUGCAGCCAGAAACUGAUUCAAAGCAUUCCCACAAUAUGGACCAUUGCUUAUCGAGAGCCUGCUGCAUGAAAAUUUCUGAAGAUGAGAACAGAUUUUACAGUGCUCUAGGAAGAUCUUUCCGCUCGUGGUUCUUCUCCAGAUCCCUUGACGAAUCAGCCCUGAGAAAACAAACUGACAAAAUGAAGCUUAUGAAGAAUGAAGAAUGGGCAAACAGUACGGUUCCCGUUCAGCACUCGCGACACUGCAGUUUGGAUUUAGGGCACCAUGGGCCACUGUUAAAAGAACAAAGUUUAGAUGAUGAUGAGGUGUUCAUGGAAGGCCUGCCUCUCAAAAGAACACAGUGGUCACCAGCUGCAGAUGCACUGAAGGAUUUAAGUUUAAAUGGAGAACACCAAAAUGUAGCUCAGAACAAGUGUGAAGAAGCUUCAUUUAUGAAUAGCCCAGUGGAAGACAGGGACUACAGCUGUACUUGUAAUAAAGAUGGUACUGGGAAGUCUAAUACUCGCAAGUUUUUCAAAAGAACUUCAACAACUGACUCCACUGACUCUGCUUUGGAUUCAGCAGUGUCUGUUGGGGACCAAACUGAUGCCAUGUUGGAUACAAAAGCCUUCAUGCGCUAUUAUCAUGUUUUUCGGGAAGGGGAGCUGUGCUCUCUGGUAGAAGAGAAUGUGCCUGAACUUGAGAUACUUUCUUCCUGCUAUGACCAUGGAAACUGGUGCAUUAUUGCAGAGAAAAGAGGAACAUAG